UAGUAGAAUUUGUAUGGCUUGAGCGGUGAUGUGAAGUUGUGAACCAUAAUCUUUGUCAAUACCCUGAGAAAACCCUAAUUUCUUGCUCCAAAGGGUUUUUAUUUCCAUUCUCAUACUCCGGUUCCAUCUCGAGAACGAUGAUGCAUAACUCAACCGACGAAUCGGAAUGGGAGGUGAGACCUGGUGGUAUGCUCGUCCAACGAAGAGACGACGACGCUGCUCCUUCCGACCAACCUCUCCAGGAUCCCGACUCUGCGUCCGCUGCUUUUGCUCAGACCAUCAGAAUCAGCCUUUCCCAUGGCUCAUCCCACCACGAUCUUCAUGUUUCUGCUCACGCCACUUUCGGGGAUGUGAAGAAAGCCCUUGUCCAGAAAACUGGAUUGGAAGCUAGUGAACUGAAGAUCUUGUUCAGGGGAGUUGAGAGAGAUGACGCUGAGCAAUUGCAAGCUGCUGGUGUUAAGGAUGCGUCUAAGCUUGUCCUCGUUGAGGAUCAGAAUAAGAGAGUGGAACAAGUUGAACAGCCUCCUGUGGUUACUGAAGAGAUGAAAAAGGCGAUUGCCGCAGUUAUCGCAGUCACUGAAGAGGUCGAUAAGCUUUCAGAUAGGGUUGUUGCUUUAGAAGUUGCUGUGAAUGGAGGGACGCAAGUUGCUGUAAAGGAGUUUGAUACGACUGCAGAGCUUCUCAUGAGGCAGUUACUCAAAUUGGAUGGCAUCAAGGCAGAAGGAGAAGCUAGGGUGCUGCGUAAGGCAGAGGUGCGUAGGGUGCAAAUAUUGCAGGAGAGUGUGGAUAAGUUGAAGGCAAGAUGCUCAAAUCCGUUCGUGGAUCAGAGCAAAGCCGCAGCUGUAAGCACAGAGUGGGAAUCGUUUGGAAACGGUGUGGGAAGCUUGAACCCUCCUCCGCCAGCUUCGCCUUCUGCCGGUGUAACUCAAGAUUGGGAGAGAUUUGAUUGACAUUUUUAUCAUUGCCAAGUUUGCCAUUAAGGGAAAAAUUGCAUAUUGGUACUGUUUUAUCUCUUUUUGUUAUUGUUAAGUUGGAAAAAUGACCAUAUAAAUAUAUCCGUUUUAUGAUAAUUCCAUGUCUCUAUAUAAAA